AUGUGCCAUCCUCAAGCAUUCUAUAGCAUUCCGCACGACACAUGCAAGUUAGCCGCGUCAAUUUGCUUCAAGGUUCCUCUCAUGAGAGAGACGUACCUCUGGUGUGGCAUGAUCGAUGCGGGCCGCCCUACUUGCAUGACAGCUCUGGAUCAAGGAUACAGUCUCACCAUUGUUGUUGGAGGAACUCGAGAGCAACUAAUUCCUUAUUCUCCCACUCAUGACACAAUUUUAUGCAAGAACAGAAAGGGCUUCAUCAAGCUGGCUCGAGAUGCUGGUCGGAUACCCAUUGUUCCCUGCUACUCUUUCGGGGAGUCCAUCGCCUACGAAACGAGCGAUUUUCUCCUGUCAUUCCGUCGUUGGCUGCAACGUCGAUUCGGGGUUGGCUGGGCUGUAGCGAAAACGUGGAACCCGAGACGACUCAAGGACUUCGUUCUCGUUGUAGGAUCCCCUAUCACAUGGGAAGAGCAAGAUACUGUUGAAACCAUUCACGCCAAAUAUGUUGCUGCGGUGAGAGAUUUGUUUUACGAGCAUCGCGCUAACUAUGCUGAGUAUGCCAACCGCGAGCUUCUCAUCGAAUGA